AUGGCAUUUUGUAUCACCUUCGGAAUGCAUGAGUUUACAUCUCAGCUUGAGGGAUACGAGCAAACCAGGGCACAUUGCCAGAAUUGCGGAAACUGGGAUGGACAUUGUCAGACAAGAUGGCCAUGGUUUACGGUCUGUUUUAUUCCGGUCAUUCCGCUAGCAACCCACAAAUACAGGGAAGUACGCUGUUACCGAUGCGGGUUCACUCAAGAUCUAAGCAUACGCCCUGAUAUAAACCCCGGUACACAACCGCCACCUGGAAUGCCGUGGGGACCAGCCUAUGCGGCUCAACCACAGGCAUAUGGAUAUCAAGCGCCGGCGGGACCCCAAAAUCCUCCUCCCAUAGCCUCAGGAGGAAACCCUGACGCUGGGCAUGUAUACAAGUAG